AUGGCAGCAAACAACGAUGGACCUAUCGUGGCACCCGACGAAGGUGUCCAGGACGACCGCGACUCAUCAAUGGGAGAUGAUGCGACAUCAUCGGCAGCAAGCUUGAGUAGCUCAAUCCUCGACUUUCGUCACGAAAACGGGAGAACAUAUCAUGCAUACAAGGAUGGAAAAUAUCAUCUUCCCAACGAUGAGCGUGAAGAUGACAGACUAGACUCGCAGCAUAAUUUAUUCCUCCUCACUUUUGAUAACAAACUUGGUCUUUCACCUCCAAACCUUCCUGAUUCUAAGGUCAAGCGCGUCUUGGACUUGGGAACUGGAACGGGAAUAUGGGCAAUAGAAUUUGGUGUCGACCAUCCCGAAGCCGAGGUUAUCGGCGUCGAUCUAUCUCCUAUCCAGUUCAGUCUCGUUCCCCCCAAUGUUCGGUUCCAUAUUGAUGACAUUCACGAGCAAUGGGAGUUCUCUGAGCCCUUCGACUAUAUACAUAGCAGGAUGAUGAACUUCAGUAUCCCCAAUUGGCCAGAGUACUUGAACAAGAUCUACAAAAACCUCGCUCCUGGGGGCUAUGUCGAGAUCCAAGAGAUCGACGUGAUGAUGAAGUCUGAUGAUGUUACGCUUGGCAACGACGAUAAUCAUGAAGUGGAGUAA